UCUCUCUUCCUCUCUGCUUGCUUUGAGGUUAGAGAGAAAAGAGUUCAACAAACAACGACUUAAAAGAAAGAGAACAAGAAGAAGCCAUUAAUGCAGAGCUCAACUACCCAUUUCUAGGGCAAUAUUUUUCUUUCACUCACAAACUCACACAGAUAAUAAACCAUUUCUUCCUAGAUUCACCAAUGUUUCUCUCAUUUUUUGGUUGAUUCAUUUCAUUCAUUUCCAUUCUCUGUUUGGAGCUUAUUAUAGAUCUUCCUCCACACCUCCACCAUGUGGAACACCGCGGAUAAUGUGUUUGUUCGAACCGCCUCGUUUAGAGAAGACGGAGAAGAUGAAGAGGCGUUACGUUGGGCAGCGCUUGAGAGGUUACCCACGUAUUCGCGUGUUCGUAGAGGUAUUUUCAAGAAUAUUGUUGGAGAUAUUAAGGAGAUUGAUGUUAGUGAACUUGAGGUUCAAGAACAAAAGCUUCUUAUUGAUCGAUUGGUCAGUUCGGCUGAUGAUGAUCCCGAGAUGUUUUUUCAACGAGUGCGACGCCGUUUUGAUGCAGUUGAUUUAGAGUUCCCAAAGAUUGAGGUUAGGUUUCAACAGUUGACUGUAGAAUCGUUUGUUCACAUUGGAACCAGAGCUCUGCCGACUAUUCCCAACUUCAUGUGCAAUAUGAUGGAGGCACUUCUUAGGAAACUGAAAAUAUACAGCAGUCAGAGAAGCAAGUUGACAAUUUUAGACAAUGUCAGUGGAAUUAUAAGACCUUCCAGAUUGACUUUGUUAUUGGGUCCCCCGAGCUCUGGAAAGACAACUCUUCUUCUAGCCCUUGCUGGUCGCCUUGGAAGUGAUUUGCAGCAAUCAGGGAGAAUAACAUAUAAUGGGCAUGGGUUCAAUGAGUUUGUUCCGCAGAGGACAGCAGCUUAUGUUAGUCAACAGGACCGACAUAUUGCAGAAAUAACUGUCAGAGAAACUCUCGAUUUUGCAGGCCGCUGUCAAGGCGUGGGGUUCAAAUAUGAUAUGCUCAUGGAACUAGCAAGAAGGGAAAAGAUUGCAGGGAUAAAACCUGAUGAAGAUCUUGAUAUAUUUAUGAAGUCAUUGGCUCUAGGGGGUCAAGAGACAAGUCUUGUGGUGGAGUACAUUAUGAAGAUUUUAGGGUUGGACGUGUGUGCUGACACAUUGGUAGGAGAUGAAAUGCUCAAAGGGAUUUCUGGAGGACAAAAAAAGCGUCUUACAACCGGCGAAUUGCUAAUUGGCCCUGCAAGAGUUCUAUUCAUGGACGAGAUAUCAACGGGGCUUGAUAGUUCAACUACCUAUCAAAUUAUCAAAUAUCUUAGGCAUUCUACCUGUGCACUUGACUCCACCACUGUAGUUUCUCUGCUGCAGCCUGCUCCUGAGACGUAUGAGUUAUUUGAUGAUGUUAUACUUCUCUGUGAAGGCCAAAUUAUAUAUCAGGGACCGAGAGACUCUGUUCUUAAUUUCUUCACAGCUAUGGGAUUUACCUGUCCCGAGAGAAAGAAUGUUGCUGACUUCUUGCAAGAAGUUAUAUCGAAGAAGGAUCAGGAGCAGUAUUGGUCAGUUCCUGAUCGUCCUUACCAAUUUAUCCCUGCAGCAAAGUUUGCCAAAGCUUUUCGUUUGUAUCAUGUUGGAAAGAACUUGUCUGAAGAAUUGGAAGUUCCUUUUGACAGACGUUAUAACCAUCCAGCUUCCUUGUCAUCUUCUCAAUAUGGAGUAAAAAGGCGUGAACUUCUUAAGACCAGCUUUUCAUUGCUAAGGCUGUUAAUGAAACGAAACUCAUUUAUCUACGUUUUUAAAUUUGUUCAGUUACUGCUGGUUGCAAUGAUUACAAUGAGUGUCUUUUUCCGGACAACAAUGAAGCAUGACACAAUUGAUGACGGAGGACUAUAUCUUGGGGCACUCUACUUUUCUACUGUUAUCAUCCUUUUUAAUGGAUUUACAGAGGUGUCCAUGCUGGUGGCCAAACUUCCUGUAAUUUACAAGCACAGGGAUUUGCACUUUUAUCCAAGCUGGAUUUAUACUCUUCCUUCUUGGAUUUUAAGUAUUCCAAUUUCACUUUUGGAAUCUGGUAUCUGGGUUGUAGUCACGUAUUAUGUGAUUGGAUAUGAUCCUGCUAUCACUAGAUUCCUGCGGCAACUUUUGUUAUUAUUUUCUCUGCAUCAGAUGUCUAUAGCACUCUUUCGCCUCAUGGGAUCAUUGGGACGUAACAUGAUUGUUGCCAAUACCUUUGGAUCCUUUACUAUGUUGGUUGUUAUGGCUCUUGGAGGAUAUAUCAUUUCAAGAGAUCGUAUACCAAAAUGGUGGAUAUGGGGUUUUUGGUGGUCCCCAUUGAUGUACGCCCAAAAUGCUGCGUCUGUUAAUGAGUUUCUUGGGCAUUCUUGGGACAAGAGCGUUGGGAAGAAUACAAGCAUGUCACUAGGAGAAUCUUUACUGAAAGCACGCAGCCUUUUUACAGAAAGCUAUUGGUAUUGGAUUGGUGUUGGUGCGUUGCUUGGAUAUACAGUGAUUUUCAAUACGCUAUUCACAUUCUUCCUGGCAUACCUUAAACCUUUGGGCAAAAGCCAAGCUGUAGUCUCCAAGGAAGAACUGCAAGAGAGAGAGAAAAGAAGGAAAGGAGAAACUACUGUAAUUGAGUUGAGACAUUAUUUGCAGUAUUCUGGGUCAUUGAAUGGAAAGUACUUUAAACAGAGAGGGAUGGUACUUCCCUUCCAACAACUUUCGAUGUCUUUCAGCAAUAUUAAUUACUAUGUUGACGUUCCCAUGGUGAGCUUCAAAUCUAGUUCUUUACUCAUUAUUCGGCAACUACCUUGGUUGUUUAUCAUCUUAUUUAAAGUAUUACUUCAGGAGCUAAAGCAACAAGGGGUAACAGAAGAAAGAUUACAAUUGUUGGUUAAUGUCAGUGGAUCAUUCAGACCAGGUGUGCUUACAGCUCUACUAGGAGUCAGUGGAGCUGGGAAAACCACACUCAUGGACGUAUUGGCUGGUAGAAAAACUGGAGGGGUCAUUGAAGGAAACAUACAUAUAUCCGGCUAUCCCAAAAGGCAGGACACAUUUGCUAGAGUUUCUGGUUACUGUGAACAGACAGAUAUUCACUCCCCAUGUUUGACUAUUAUGGAAUCACUUCUCUUCUCCGCUUGGCUGCGAUUACCUUCGGAUGUUGACUUGGAGACACAAAGGGCUUUUGUUGAUGAGGUGAUGGAGCUUGUUGAGCUUACCCCACUCAGUGGAGCUUUAGUUGGUCUACCGGGUGUUGAUGGUUUAUCAACAGAACAAAGGAAAAGAUUAACAAUUGCUGUUGAACUGGUAGCAAACCCAUCCAUAGUGUUCAUGGAUGAGCCUACAUCAGGGCUGGAUGCAAGGUCGGCUGCCAUUGUCAUGCGGACAGUAAGAAAUAUUGUCAAUACAGGGCGUACAAUAGUCUGCACAAUCCAUCAGCCCAGCAUAGAUAUUUUUGAAUCUUUUGACGAGCUUUUAUUAAUGAAGCGUGGAGGAGAACUCAUCUAUGCUGGUCCAUUAGGACCCAAGUCUCGGGAACUAAUUAAGUAUUUUGAGGCAGUUGAAGGAGUUCCAAAGAUCAAAGCGGGCUAUAAUCCUGCCGCAUGGAUGCUUGAGGUUACUUCUGCAGUUGAAGAAAGUCGUCUUGGAGUGGAUUUUGCUGAAGUUUACAGGAGAUCAACGCUAUUCCAACGCAAUCUAGACUUGGUUGAAACCUUGAGCAGGCCAAUUAGUAAUUCAAAAGAACUGAGCUUCCCAACAAAGUAUUCUCAGACAUCUCUCAAUCAGUUUUUAGCAUGCCUGUGGAAACAGAAUUUGUCUUACUGGCGGAACCCACAGUAUACUGCUGUGAAAUUCUUUUACACUGUUAUUAUCUCAUUGAUGCUUGGAACAAUAUGUUGGAAAUUUGGUGCCAAAAGAGAAACCCAACAAGACUUAUUUAAUGCUAUGGGAUCCCUCUAUGCUGCUGUUCUUUUCAUUGGAAUCACCAAUGCUACUGCCGUUCAACCAGUUGUUUCAAUUGAGCGAUUUGUCUCAUAUCGAGAAAGAGCUGCUGGAUUAUAUUCUGCUUUACCAUUUGCAUUUGCUCAGGUUGCUAUCGAGUUCCCGUACGUGUUCGCACAGACAGUUAUUUAUUGCUCCAUUUUCUACUCCAUGGCUGCAUUUGACUGGACAAUUUUGAAGUUUAUUUGGUAUAUUUUCUUUAUGUAUUUUACCUUGCUAUACUUCACUUUCUACGGAAUGAUGACAACAGCUAUCACACCAAAUCAUAACGUGGGUGCCAUUAUUGCGGCUCCCUUCUACAUGCUUUGGAACCUCUUCAGUGGCUUCAUGAUUCCUCACAAGAGAAUCCCAAUAUGGUGGAGAUGGUAUUACUGGGCUAAUCCUGUGGCUUGGAGUUUAUAUGGACUCCAAGUAUCACAAUAUGGCGAUGACAAUAAGCUGGUAAAGCUAUCAGAUGGAAUUAACUCGGUAGCGAUACAUGACGUUCUCAAGCACGUUUUUGGCUUUAGACAUGAUUUCCUAGGUGUAGCUGCCAUCAUGGUGUUCGGUUUCUGCUUGUUCUUUGCCACGAUCUUUGCUUUCGCAAUAAAAUCCUUCAACUUCCAAAGGAGAUGAGAGGUUUGAUUUUGGUUAAACAAAUUCUUAAAAAUUUAUAAACAAUGUCAAAGGUUUAAUAGAUUCUGUAUAGUAAUAACAGUAUGUAACUUUCAGAUCACUCAUUGUAUACUUCUAGCUGGAAUUUGUCUAUAGAAAGUAAUAAUAGGUUCUAUUUUCAUUAAACAAAAUAUAUAUAUGUUGAUGAGUCUUAUUUGAAAGUAAUGAAUUUUGUAUCAGUGACUUACUCUCCUUCCAUCUACUUAUAACGUCAAUUGUUAGUUCUUCCUUCUUCCAUGUCUUCAUUGUUUUUGCAGCCUACAAAGAUAAUUUAAAGCAACUCAAAAAAAUUCCAAUGUCAAGCAGCUGAGAAGAGAGAUGGAGAAAGAUUGUACCAUUUUAAUGUGGCUCUUCCUUCUUCCUUCCUUCUCUUCAUCAAUGGCUGCCAACAGGUUUUGCCCUCGUUCUUAAUUAUAUAGUGUUAUCGCUUCUUCGUAUGGUUCCUCGUCAAGUAGUUUCUAUUUCACAAUUCAUUAUUUUCAUAAAGAAGCUGCAAAAACAAAAAGAAAAGAGCAAAAAAGAAAAAAAAAUGUUGAAAACAAGUGGUUUUUCUAAAGAUAAUUGCAUCCGAAAUUUAUAAAGAAUUGCAAAUAUAAAAAAAUCUAUUAUUGAUACACUCUUACUAGUGAUAUGGUUAAUCACUAAUAGACUUCGAUAAUUGAAUCUAAAUUUUAUUAUAUUUAUAAUUUUUUUUAAUUAUAUUAGAAUUUACAAAAUAUUUUGAA